AUGCUACCAGCAGUUGAGAAACCGCGCGAUCAAGUGGCGAUUCUAAUCGAGCUUAAAGUGCGAGAAACGCCCUUAUUUUGGCCAGAUUGUUGUAUUUACAAAGUCCCCGAGAGAUUUCGCAAAGGAAAUGAAGAAUUCUACAAACCCUUGGUGGUCUCAAUCGGACCUUAUCACUUUCACCAAGGCAGUUUCCCGCAAAUGCAAAUCUUUAAACUCAAAUACUUAGAGGCCUUCUUGAGCCGAAACCAUCUCAGCUUAGACCAAUGCCUUGGCCUUGUGAGAACGUGGGAAGAAAUAGCCAGGCGUUAUUACGCCGACCCCAUUGACCUAAGCAGUGAUAAGUUUGCCGAGCUGAUGCUGGUGGAUGCAAUUUUUGUCUUGGAGCUUUUGCUUAGGUCCUGGUUUUCCAAAUAUGUAGACGAUUGCGAUCGAAUAUAUGGAAAGCUGCAUAUGAUUCAAGAUGUUAUGCAUGAUGUCAUAUUGAUUGAGAACCAAAUUCCCUUCUUUGUUCUUGAGGGUUUGUAUGACCUAGUUGAUAGCAGCUCCAAAGGAAAUUUCAAGUUGGUUGAGCUUACGCAUGAGUUCUUCAAGCGUUACGAGAAAAUUGACAUGUUUGGUGCUGGUCAUGCACCUGUGCCUGGAGUUGAACAUGGAGUACAGCAUUUUGUUGAUUUUAUAAGAUACUACUACUUGCCCCCACCGCCUAGGGAAGAUGUAAAUCACGAAAAGGUUUAUGAAAUCCCACCAAGCGUGACAAUGCUAGACGAUGCUGGAGUUAAGUUUGUGAGCACAAGCAAAACCUUCUUGCUUGACAUACAAUUCAACAACGGACGUCUUGUAAUUCCGAAGUUUACAGUAGAUGAUUUGACGGAAACUCUGUUGAGGAACCUGCUCGUCUUUGAACAGUGCCACGAUCACCACAUGAGGUAUAUUUCACAAUUUGUAUUCCUCAUGGGGUGCAUGAUGAGGACUUCAAAGGACGCGGACUUGCUCACUGAACAUGAAAUUAUUUCUAGCAUGUUGGGGAUUAACGAUGAGUUGUCCGCUCUAAUUAAUCGAAUUGGCCAAGGGGUUGGCUUCGAUGGGCGAACUUAUUAUUACCUAAGCCUUUCCAAAAAACUCAAUGCCUACUGCAAGGUCCCUUGGCACAAAUGGAAAGCAAAUUUGAAGCGCGACUAUUUCAACACUCCAUGGAAAUUUGCUUCCACCAUUGCAGCAAUUAUAUUCCUUGUGCUCACACUCAUACAAACCAUAUGCUCCAUCUUAUCCGUAUAG